AUGGGAACACUGGUAUCUGUUCUAAUCGAUGAAGCCCAAGCAAAGGACGACAAAGCCUCAUCUUCUGGAGUUCACGACCUUCGCAAUAUCAUCACACUCGAGUCCAGCGCCCAUAACCUCUUUGAAAAACUGAGAAUGACUUUCGAACCGGUUCCGGACAGCGAGAACACCUACAACAUCAAGUUUAUGCACGCAUAUCAUAUCCUCCCUACCGCGAAGCAGACGAUCACAUUCGAGAAUUGGGCUCCUACCCACAAGAUCGCUCAUGCCAACACAAAACUACCUUUGCCAGACCCUCGCCUCCUCAGCCUGCAUUGCGCUUGUGCCCACGUUGCCCACUUAUCAGGUGCAGGAGAAAUGUUGGAUAGGGUGCUUGAUCGUGAUGACUACGAAGACAUUGGUGUUCUGGCAGAGGAUGGUGGUUCGAUGGAUGUACUUCUCAGCGCACUGAUUCCACUCGUGGCAGCACGAGCUUAA